GCGAUGGUUUUUUUUAUCUCGAGGGGAUGAUGCAUAGCCUUCAGCCAGGGGCAUUUAAGGAGCAGAGCACAUGGGGCAGGCCACAACUGCAGGACACAGGUGGACCUUGAGAGGUUCAGAAAGCUGCCCGGAGAGAAGCAGCAGCAGCAGUGCUGCCACAUCUGCCAGGCACAAUGCUUCUCGCGACCUUCAAGCUGUGCGCCGGGAGCUCCUACAGACAUGUGCGCAACAUGAAGGGGCUGAGGCACCAGGCAGUGCUGGCCAUUGGCCAGGAGCUGACUCGGAGGGCACAGGGGGAGCCAGCCCCAGGUGUGUGGAUUAACCAGGUCCGGCGUCGGAGCUCACUGCUGGGUUCUCGGCUAGAGGAGCCUCUAUACAGCGACCAGGAGCUGGCCUACAUCCAGCAGGGGGAGGAGGCCAUGCAGAAGGCCCUGGGCAUCCUCAGCGACCAGGAAGGCUGGAAGAAGGAGAGCCAGCAGGCAAAUGGGGACAAAGUGCUGAGUAAGGUAGUCCCAGAUGUGGGCAAGGUGUUCCGGUUGGAGGUGGUGGUGGACCAGCCCAUGGAUAGGCUCUACGAAGAGCUUGUGGAUCGCAUGGAGGCGAUGGGAGAGUGGAACCCAAAUGUCAAGGAGCUCAAGGUCCUGCAGAAGAUUGGAAGAGACACUGUCAUCACCCAUGAGCUGGCUGCAGAAGCAGCAGGAAACCUGGUGGGGCCCCGAGACUUUGUGAGCGUGCGCUGUGCCAAGCGCAGAGGCUCCACCUGCGUGAUGGCAGGCAUGGCCACCCACUUUGGAGACAUGCCUGAGCAGAAAGGCAUCAUCAGAGCUGAGCAGCGUCCCACUUGCAUGGUGCUUCAUCCGCUCGCUGGGAACGCCGCGAAGACCAAACUCACCUGGCUCCUCAGCAUAGACCUCAAGGGGUGGCUGCCAAAGACUAUCAUCAACCAGGUCUUGUCACAGACACAGAUGGAUUUUGCCAACCACCUGCGCAAGCGCCUGGAGUCCAACCCUGCCUCUGAAGCCCACUGUUAAUUAAAACACCAGCCUGCUGUUCCCGAGCCUCUGGAGGACCUGCAGGUGCAGCAGGGCUCUAUCCCUGCCGGAAGCCUGCAAGUCUAAGAUCUUCACCUGCAGAUAAGGGAGGAGGGGGAGUUUAGGGUGUGAUAGGCCGGGACUGUUAAUAGAGUUAGCACCAUGAAAACAGCCAGGAGGCUCUUAGACAAAGAGGAAGACUUCUCGUUUCAUCUAACGAGUAGCUCUGAAUGUAGGCUAAGCUCCAAAGACACUGGUUACAAAUUUUUCUGGGCCCUUAGGUGCCCAACUAAAACCACCUGUUGAAUGCUAGUGUCUGGUACAGGGGGUGCUGAAAGCAGGAAGUAGGCUCAAAAGCUCCUCUCCCUGCAGGCAGAGCUCAUUACUUCCACAGCACCAGUCAGAAUAAAGUCCUAAGGCGAGAA